AUUGAUUUUCACAGGACACCCCGGCACUACAGAUCAGCUUUCCAAUUGCCUCGUGGGGAACAAUGCUGGAAAAAGUGGUCACUAAUCCCUGAGGAUACAGAUAUUCUAUUAACACAUGGACCACCCUGGGGCCAGGGAGAUAUUACAAAAAAGAGUCAACAUGGAGGAUGCGAGGAGUUACUAGCCAUUGUACAAGACAAGGUUAAACCAAAGUACCAUGUAUUUGGCCACAUUCAUGAGGAACUCACGUGCACAACAUUCUUCAUAAACGCUGCCUUGUGUAACAAUCGUUACCUGCCUGUUAACCGACCUAUCGUGUUCGACAUGCCUCUUCCCAGAGGCUACACCAAGAAAUGAUGUUAAUAAAAUCUCAAAGGUUCAAUCAUCCUACGCAGUUGGUGAACAAGAUCAAAAUUAAAAAAAUAAAUAAAUAAAAAGUCUGAAUUUUCCAUAAAGUAGUACAGUCACAGUAUAUCUCAUUGUAAUUGAAAAUAUUAAGGAAUUUAAUGGAGUAUUUGUAUGACUCCUAUUUUAUAAGUUUUAUUUAAACAUUUAUUUAACCAUAAAACAUUGGAACAAUGGUGAUGAUGAUGAUGAUUUGAUGGUUUUGAUGGUACAGGUAGUAGGUGAUAGGCAGCUACCAAUCAGGGA